AAUACCACAGAUAUCGGUAAGUAGGAAUGACGAUAAGGAUAACGUAGUAUGCUUUCAUCGUUUUUGGUGAACAUAGGAAUUUGUAUUAAAUCUUAGCUCAUAAGACAUAAGUCAUAUCAGCCUUUACUUAAUACUUUACUAACUUACUACUUGAUACUUGAUAUCUUGUCAAUACUGUCAGCGACGUUAUAGAACAUUAUUACCGAUAUUACCUACUGUUUAUUGAUUACAUGUAUAAAUUCAAUAAUUUUAGUAUUGAGCUUAAAGAUUUUAUGUGUAUUGAACUAUUGUCCAUAGCAAAACUAACUUAUUCGAACAAAUGAACACUAUUGAAUUUGCUCUUACAUAAUGUCGUAUAAAAACAGAAAAUUAAAUAACAGAGCCAUGUCGGACGAUGAAUCUGUCUCUGAUAGUGAUUAUUUGACAUCUGUUUUAAAUAUGGUUAACGGUUAUUAUAAAAUGAAUUUAGUUGUACCACAGACUAAUUUAUUUUACUCUAGCAAUAGUUUAUUGCCAAUCAAUGCCAAAGUAAACAGUACUACACUUAAUAAUAAAAACCUUAACAGCCAAGUAAUUAAUUCACCUAAUAGCUUGUCAAAUAUGUUAAAAAAUAUUGAUUUAAAAUCCGAUAAGAAUAUGGAUGACAAAAGAUUUCAAUCACCUAAUAAACCAUAUGCUGAUGAAAUUCAAGUAUAUUCAAAACCAUCUUAUUCAGAUAAUAGCAAUCUUUUAGGAAAAACAGAGGAAAAUAAAAACGGAUCAUCUGAAGGUAAAAAUAAAUAUAUUAAAAGUUCUACUUCAGACAAUCAGACUUUAGUAUCUUCUCCACAUACAGAUCAGAAUUGCUCAAAUGAAUAUUUUAAUCAGUUUGAAAAUGAAGUAUUGGCUGACGGGCGUAUGAAGCAAGAUCAGGAACUCCGAAAAAAGCAAAUCAAAAGUAUCAAAAAUAAUAUUAGUAAUAAUGGUGUUCAAACAAGAUCUCGAGCAACACACUCGCAACAAAAUCCUGAAAAUGAAAUUACAAAUAAAAAUGUACCACUCCAAUCUGAAUGUCCUCUAUGCUUUGUGUUAUAUCCGACGCCAGAUAUUGAGGCACACGCGUCAGAAUGCAGUAUUUAAAAUAAUUGUACUAUUUUGGACUAUUAUAUUUAAGAUAUUAUUAUUAAUAUUUGGACUAUUAUAUUUAAGAUAUUAUUAAAUUAAAGUUAUCUUUAAAUAUUAUGUAAGAUACAAAGUAUACCAAUUUUAGGUAUAUAUACACUAUACAGUGUUAAAAAUAUGUAAGAGUAUUGUAUGGAUGUUAAAAUUGUAAGGCAUUUAGGUGGAAUAUAUUAGCUUAAAAUCAUGUGCUAUACUCUCUAAUUUUUAAAUUUUCAACUUCAAAAUGCUGCAUGGCUAUGUCAAUGAUUCAAGAUUAUAAAUUAGUGUUUGUUAUUUAAUUUAGAGGACGCUAUACCUGCAUGUGUUGUCUCUGUCUUAUACACGUGUAACAUGGUUAAAAACUGUUUUGCGCGGCACAACUUUACUCUCUUAAUAUUUAUUUUAAUCAAAACAACCAAAAUUAUAAAUCCCAUUGGAAAAAACUUACUUGUGUUGUAGCGUUUUAAUUUUUUUGAUAACAUGAAUACAAUUUAAGUUUUCGGUUUGAGAACUUUAGGUUUUUUUCAUUUAAUUGUUAAAAAUUUUUGGUUACCACUAUCAAAAAAAAAAAUAAAACACUUCAAGACAGGUAAAGUUCUUCCCAAUGGGAUUUAUAAUUUUAGUUGUUUUGAUUAAAAUAUCGAGGGAGUAAAGUUGUCCUGCGCAAAACAGUUUUUAACUAUUUUAUGCGUGUAUAAGAUAGAGACAACACAUGUGGGAGGUAUAGGGUCCACUUAAUAUGGUGUAAUAAUUUUUUUCACAGAUUUAGAUACUAUAAUUGUCGUUUUUUGCUAUUAAUAUUUGGUUGUUGGAAAAAAUUGUUAACAUAACAUUUUUGUUUGUAUCAUAUGUUAAACCAAAUUACAUUCAUUAUUGUAUCACUUUUUAAAAGUACAUAUUGAUACACCAUAAGUUUUUGUUUACUCUUGUAAGCGUUUGGUAAUGUAAAACUAAAUUUGCCAUUAUUGAAUUUUAAAUAUUAAAAAAAAUUAAUAAUUAAAAUAAAUCAUUUUUUUAUUUUAUUGCUCA